UUGGUUGUAUAAACAUCUUCUUCAGCAGAGAGAGUAGCUCUGAUUCUUAUUCUUCACCAGGGAACCGAUGAAGCGAUCAAUAAUCGAAGUCAUCGGAUCGAAUUCACUCGAUUCCUUCAAUGCUAAGAAACCUGUCUUCCUCACCAAAUCUCAGCGCGAAGAGUUUGCCCUAAAACGCAGCCAUGAUCAAACCUUCGUUCACCGUCUCGGCCGCCGCGAACAGCUCACUCCCGACACUGAAGACUCAAACGUCCAUCCCAGUACAGAUCGGGACCUAGAUCGCGACCUAGAUAGAUAUAGUGGGAGGAGGGAUAGAGAUAGGGAUCGUGAGCGUAACCGCCGUGAGCGAGAAGAAGAAGAAGAAGAAGAAGCCAAAUCUCGCGAAGAGAAGGCGGCGCGUGUUGAGAAGACAAUAGCUCGAGAGCGUGAGAAGGCUCUCGAGGCCAUCAAAGAGCAGUACCUCGGAGUCGGAGGCAAGAAGAGAGUCAUCGCAAGACCAAACGCCAAGUCCCGUUUCUCCUUCGACUGGGAAAACACAGAGGACACUUCAAGAGACACCAACGCUCUCUACCAAAACCCUCACGAAGCUCAGCUCCUCUUCGGCCGAGGCUUCCUCGCCGGCAUGGACCGCCUCGCGCAGAAAAAACAAGCCACCAAGCACCAGAGAGAGACGAGACCAGAAGAUGCGUUUGAUUGGAGGGAGAAGAGACUAGAGGAGAUGACCGAAAGAGACUGGCGCAUCUUUAAAGAAGACUUCGACAUCUCUUACAAAGGCUCCAAGAUUCCUCCUCCAAUUAGGAGCUGGGGAGAGAGCAAGCUAAGCUCCGAGAUUCUAAGAGCUGUGGAGAGAGCCGGCUACAAGGAACCCAGGCCGAUUCAAAUGGCAGCUAUACCGCUAGGUCUACAACAGCGUGACGUCAUCGGCGUUGCAAAGACUGGUUCUGGAAAGACGCACGCUUUUGUCUUGCCAAUGUUAGAUUACAUUACUAGACUGCCGCCUAUGAGUGAAGAGAGUAAAACCGAGGGUCCUUAUGCUGUGGUUAUGGCGCCUGCUCGUGAGCUUGCUCAGCAGAUUGAGAAGGAAACUGUUAGGUUUGCGGAUUCUCUAGGGUUUAGGGUGACUUGUUUAGUGGGUGGUCAGUCUAUUGAGGAGCAGGGGUUGAAGUUAGCACGAGGGUGCGAGAUUGUGAUUGCUACUCCCGGUCGUUUGAUUGAUUGCCUCGAGAGACGGCUUGUUGUGCUGAACCAGUGCAACUACGUGGUUCUUGAUGAGGCGGAUAGGAUGAUAGACAUGGGUUUCGAGCCUCAGGUUGCAGCUGUGUUGGAUGCGAUGCCUUCGAGUAACUUGAAGCCGGAGAAGGAAGAAGAAGCGCUUGAGGAGAAGAAGAUUUACAGAACCACGUAUAUGUUCAGUGCUACAAUGCCUCCUGGUGUAGAGCGGCUAGCUAGGAAGUACUUGAGGAACCCUGUUGUCGUCACCAUUGGUACUGCAGGAGGAGAGGCCACGGAGGGUUUGAUAUCGCAGCGCGUGGUUAUGAUGAAAGAAUCUGACAAGUUCUCCAGACUGCAGAGACUUCUCGAAGAGCUCGGCGAUGAUAAAACCGCCUUUGUGUUUGUCAACACAAGGAUAAAAUGCCAUUCUAUUGCUAAGAAUUUGGACAGGGCAGGGUACCGUGUCACGACCUUGCACGGUGGGAAGUCGCAAGAGCAGAGAGAAAUCAGCUUGGAAGGGUUCAGAGCAAAGAGGUACAACGUUCUUGUUGCAACCGAUGUUGUAGGCCGUGGAAUCGAUAUUCAAGAUUUGGCUCAUGUCAUAAACUAUGACAUGCCUAAACCUAUACAGAUGUAUACACAUCGUAUCGGGCGUACAGGACGCGCUGGGAAAAGCGGUGUUGCUACUACGUUCUUGACUCUUUGUGAUACUGACGUGUUUUAUGAUCUUAAGCAGAUUCUUGUUCAGAGCAACAGUGCGGUGCCUCCAGAGCUGGCUAGACAUGAAGCGUCAAGAUCCAAACCAGAAACCAAAUGAUGCAACAAAGGAGAAUAUGUUUACGACUCUGACACCAAGGCAACCACCAAAAGCAAACAUGAACAACAACAACAACGAAAACAAAAACAACAACAUAUGAAAGAAGAAUCUAGCAGACCCAGUUUAGGUUUCUAUGGAUCUGCAAGAAGGGGAGAGUAGGAUGCUAUGGUGACAGAUCCUGAGCUAACUCCUGUUGGUGCCUGAGAUGGCACUGCAAGAACAGAACCUGAGCUGACUCCAGUUGGUGCACGAGACAGCACGCUGAAAUGAAGCUUCGAAUCAGAACGAUCCCAAUACAUUCCAAUCUCAUCUUUCUUCUUCAACACCCUCCUGAUGACAAAAUCAAAAAACCAUCCACCGCUGAGAACAUAGGAUCCACGCUUGGUCAGUUUCGUUAGAAGAAUCUGGUGCGUAGAGUCAGUAUCGUGAUCAUACACGUCGACUGUUAACCCCGGGCCUUCUUGGACCAUCUUUCGGUUACCCUCAGGGAGAUAUCUCACUAAGUGGCUAUCGACGGUUCUGGCAUUUAGAAGAAGACGGUUUUGGUGGCUACGAUCCCUUGCAGUCAGUUUCUUCUUGAUGGUCCAUGGAUCGGUGAAGAGAGUUAACUCUGUUGAGACGCCGUACUGCUCCUCCUCUUCUCUUCCUUCUUUCGAGAGAAGCUUAAGCUUCAUCAGCGAGGUCUGUUUUUCCUCAGUACAUGAUAUCUUGGCAUCAUCACUACUCUUAGGCCAUGUUGGGUCGUACAAAACAGAGUCACGGAGCAAUCAGUCUCUGACUCUGAAACAGGAGGUAUCUCGGUGACAACACUGGGGAUCAAGGAAAGUACGUCCUGAGUUAAAUUUUGCGGAUCUUGGUUCAUUUUGGUUCAAUUCCUCUGCACCGUGCAAGACUGCAAUAUAGAGAGCGAGUGACCAAAAAGUCAUUUGAAAUUAUGUAGCUGGAUCAAAGCUCUUUUAUUUAAUAAUUGAGUUCAAUAAAUAAAUUAAAUUAAAUGAACGCAUAAUUUGCAUUUUUUU